UAGAAAAAAAAAUUAAUGGAUGCAAUUUUUUAAGAAUUAGAAUUAUUAUCUAAUAUAAUUAUUCAAAUAAAAAAUAUUAAUUAAAAAAAUAUAAAAAUUACACCCAAGAAUAAUGUCCACACAUUCAAAUAUGUUAAAACUUAAAUGUUUUAGGAUGUAUAUUCUUCCCUAAUUCCUGAGACACAUGUCAAAAUCUAAUCCCAUGUGUAAAAGAUUAUCCUAUGUCUUCAUAAUAUAUAGAUUUUUCUUAUUUCUUAUAGGAUUGGAAUUUCUUAUCCGACAGUCCUUAUAGUAUCAGGAUGUGUCUUCGUGUAUAAAUAAAAUCUACUUUCAACCGUUCCACUUUUUCUCUUCUAUAGCAACUGAAAAACAAAGUAUUAAAACACAAACAUGGAGAUCCAGAGUCCAAGGAACCCUGAUGCAAGUGUUCCUGAUGAUUGCCGGGAAGAGGAUUUAAGAUGUAAUGUUUUUUAUCAACCGCUUAAAGAUCUUAUCAACAAGUUACAGGAACGUGAUGAGAAUCUUUACAUAGCCUUCUUGAAAGUUUUGCAUUAUUACGGAAUUAGAGUUAGAGAAGCCAGAGAUUUUCAUUUUCACAUUGAUGUUUUGGCAUUGUUAGUAGACCAUCAAGAUUUGAAGAAUGAGUUCCUUAAAACCAUGGUGGUUGAUUCUUCCGACAAUCAAUCAUUACCGCCGUCAUCAUCAAUGGAGAACGCUCUCAUCGUCUGUGAGAAGAAGGACGAUGUAGCUUUGCAUGGCUUGAACCGUGAGAAAGAAAGAGAAUUGGCAAAACAGGGAUUUGGUUAUUUCAAGAAAGUUCAACAGAAACUAUCUGAGAAGAGCUAUUUGUUAUUCUUGGGGUGCUUUUGCAGUUACAGCAGUGGAAAGAUCAAUAAAGAUGCCUUAGAGAAAAGAAUUAAUGGUAUGUUAGAUGAGUUUCCUCAACUUAAAGCUGAGUUCAAGCUUUUCCUCAAGAACUGUGAGAAUGGUGAUUGGUUUUGGUCAGGAAGUGCAGAGAGCAAAGACACAGAUGAAGAACUUGAAAUGGGCAAAGAGUACUGCAGUCCAAGUUAUCGGUUAGCCGGGAAAGAUGAUCAUCAUUCAAAAAGAGCACAACAUGAACUGUCAGAAUUACUGAAUGACAGAUGGGUUUGUGUGAGUUCACAGUCAGAAAAUGAUAAACCACAUAAAGAAGAAACACAUCGAAUUCAGAAGGAAGAAAUCGAGCUGAAACGUGAAGAGGAUAGGUAUGAGGCAGACAUGCAAUUGAGCUGGUUAAGAUCUGCUGCUGAAUAUGCAACAAAAUUAUCUGAAGGUGCUAAAGAAGAAGAACUCGAUGGAUUAUCCAAGAUUCAUUUCAAGAGGUGCAUUCAACAAUUAUAUGCCGAUGAUUGUGAUGAUGUAUUAGAAAUGUUUCAGAAAAAUCAAAGCCCUACAUUGGCUGUCGUAUUGCCUCGCUUGAACCAGAAAAUAAAGGAGUUGACAGUAUUUCGUGCAGAGCUGCAGGAGAUUUGGGCUCAAAUGCGUUAGAAUGAUUUCAUGUUAUGUUUUAAACUUGAAUGUCAAUCCUGUAGUUUCACUUUACAUACAUAAUCUUAAUGGAAUUAAAAGUUGAA